AUGACACUUAUCAAGGCGUUGGACCGAAUUAUAGAAUUCUGGCAGAAUGAAAGUGACGCGGAUUGGCUUAUUCGUGCGAAUUUCGAGCUCUACAUAGCACACACAGUGCUGAAUAGCGAAGGUCAGGCUCUCACCAAUCUGAUUUGGAAAAAUUUCGAACAGAGCCCUCGGAGAAUGAUAGCCUGGGAGCCUAUUUACGGCUUGAACUGGUGUCGUGGACUACCCCACAAAAGUGGCCUGUGGUCUAACAGCGAUUUGGAUUUGAGCGGUACCUGGCAGCGCUGCGAGGUUGGGCAGGCCUUCGUUCUAUCUGCAUCUGGGUUUUGGGCUGCAUCAACUAAAGAUUCGGACUCAAAAGAUCUUCAGAUUACACGGAAUGAAUAUAAAGCAAGCGCUAAAGAGGCCGUAUAUGCCGUGGUUGGCUUGUACGACCGAAAGACAUCUGGGUUCGAUCCGGUAUUACAAUUUUUCAACAAACCCUCAGAUACAUUUACUGACGCACGCAGAUUUUCGUCGAUCCUAUUGAGCUCGGUCUAA